CUCCUCAAUUUAAAUGCUCUGACUGACCCAAAGAUUUUUCUUGUAAACUCCCAACUUCCUCUAUUUACACCGAUCAGAUCCUCUCUUAGAUUCAGGGAGAUAGUAUUGACAGGUGCAGGGAAUUGAAAUGGCCGACGAAGGUGCAAUCGUCCCUGGAGUGUCGGCGAGCGAAUUAGCGCCCCCGGCGACUGUACCUGGAGUGGUACUCAUCUCCGCCGGAGCCAGUCACUCCGUCGCUCUACUCUCUGGAAAUAUAGUUUUCUCUUGGGGAAGAGGAGAGGAUGGGCAGCUUGGUCAUGGUGAUGCUGAAGAUAGGUUUUUUCCCACUCAAGUGAGUGCAUUGGAUGGCCAGGAAGUAGUAUCUGUCAUUUGUGGCGCUGAUCACACAACAGCUUACUCGGAGUCACUCAUGCAGGUCUACAGUUGGGGAUGGGGUGACUUUGGGAGGUUGGGCCAUGGAAACUCUAGUGACUUGUUUAGUCCUCAACCAAUCAAAGCAUUGCAUGGAAUCCAGAUCAAACAAAUUGCUUGUGGAGACAGCCAUUGUUUAGCUGUUACCAUGGAAGGAGAAGUCCAAAGUUGGGGGAGAAAUCAAAACGGUCAACUGGGCCUCGGCACUACAGAGGAUUCUCCUGUGCCUCGGAAGAUUGAAACAUUUCAGGGAAUUCCUGUGAAAAUGGUAGCUGCAGGUGCUGAACAUACAGCCGCUGUGACAGAAGAUGGCGAGCUUUAUGGUUGGGGCUGGGGCCGAUAUGGUAAUUUGGGUUUAGGUGAUCGAAAUGAUCGCUUAGUUCCUGAAAAAGUUUCAGCCAUACAGGGAGAAAAGAUGGUAAUUGUAGCUUGUGGAUGGCGACACACAAUAUCUGUUUCUUCCUCUGGAUCUUUAUAUACUUACGGUUGGAGUAAGUAUGGCCAACUGGGACACGGGGAUUGUCAAGACCACCUUGUCCCUCACAAGCUUGAAUUGCUGCAUGGUGAUUUCAUUUCUCAGAUAUCAGGUGGAUGGAGACACACUAUGGCACUCACAACUGAUGGCAAACUCUAUGGUUGGGGAUGGAAUAAGUUUGGACAAGUAGGUGUUGGAGACAAUGACGAUCGUUGUUCGCCAGUGCAAGUGAAAUUUCCAGAUGAUCAGAAAGUAGUUAAAGUGUCAUGUGGUUGGAGGCACACACUGGCUGUUACUGAACGGCAAAAUGUCUUUUCUUGGGGUAGGGGUACAAAUGGACAGUUGGGCCAUGGAGAAUCUGCUGACAGGAAUGUCCCGAAGAUCAUAGAAGCAUUAAGCGCGGAUGGAUCAAGCGUCCAGCUUGUAGAAGCUUCCAAGUCCAAUCCACCUGUCAUUGCAGCUGAAAAAAAUUGGGUUUCGCCAACACAGAGAUAUGCAGUUGUUCCAGAUGAGAAUGCCGGUGGCAAUGGGAAUGAUUUAAGUGUCCCUGAGAACGACGUGAAGCGGAUGCGAAUAUGAAGAAGUGCCUCUCAUCUUAUCUUUUGUACCAAUCCAUAUAUUUAAGGUAUAUGAUGAAGAAGAUUGCAGCAGUUAUGUCCUCCUAUGCAGUUUCUUUUUGAGAAAAGUGUCAAACUACAGUCACAUCAUGUAUGAUACUAAAGUUGACACCAUCAGUGUUUCACCAACAAUAUAAUAAUUUCUUAGACAUUGACUAUUUUGUGUGCGGUUAUCAUUGUUGGUGUCACCCUUGGUAUCAUACCGGGUUAAAGUAGAUUUACUCUUGAUAAAAUACUCUUAUUCCACGGACUAUUUGAAUUCCUUUUUUGGUUUUGUUUUUACCAUAUGUAUAAUCUUGUACUAUGGGUAAUGUGUGAGUUGAGUGCUUCUGAACUUUGGUACUCACCCACUCUCUAAAUAGUCUUUUACCUAUGUUUUUUUCGUUUUUUUUUCUUUCUAAAAUUGACAAAUCAUUUUGUACAGUUCAAAGGGUAAAUUUCACCAAUGGUACCUGAACUUUAGCUGGAAUUUCGAAGUGGUACCUGAACUUCAAAUUCUUUCACAAAAAUCCCUGAACUUACACAAUCCUUUCACUAAUGAGCCAUUAGCCCGUUUCUAGGUUAACUUCCGGUCAUUAGGGCCAAAUUCGAAUUUUAUAUAUUUUAAAAUUUUCAAUUUGACCCCAUUUCUUUUCUUCUAGGCCCCGCCGCCGCCGCCCGCCGGUCAAAGUCGCCGGAAAAUGAACUUUUUCCGAUUCC